CAUUUCCGUUGCGUCACAUCCAUCAUGGAGGCGCCCUGCGCGGUGGACGCAGUGGCGGCGGGCAGCAGUGAAACGGGGCACAGUUUGUCCGGUUCAUCCUCUGCAGAAUCCAGGAGACCUCAGUUCGGUACGCGGUUCUUGACAGACCCUAAACAGGUCUUUCAGCACAACGCAUGGGACAACGUGGAGUGGACUGACGAGCAGGAAGAAGCUGCAAAAAGAAAAGUCUCAGAAAACAGUUAUCCACUCCCUGCAGAGAAGCAAGAGGAAUAUGACAGCCGAGCCAAUGAGUACUGGAAUGAGUUUUACACGAUCCACGAAAAUCGUUUCUUCAAGGAUCGUCACUGGCUCUUCACCGAGUUCCCGGAACUGGCGCCGCAGUGUAGCGUCCUCAACCACACCUCGCAUAUAGAUGAACCCCAAGGGAGCAAUUUGGAUCAAAACCGUUGCAGGGAUUCUGGAGCUGAAGACAGCCGGGACUUUCCUGGCUCCUCUGCCUCAUACCGUAUUUUGGAGGUGGGCUGUGGAGUGGGAAACACAGUUUUUCCAAUACUUAAAACCAACAAUGACCCAGGACUCUUUGUUUACUGCUGUGAUUUUUCCAGCACCGCUGUGGAAUUAGUCAAGAAUAAUCCAGAAUACGACCCCGGGCGGUGCUUCGCCUUUGUUCAAGACUUGAGUGAUGCGGAUGCCAGUUACCCCAUUCCUGAUGGAAGCCUCGACGUCAUAGUCCUCAUCUUUGUUCUGUCGGCGCUGCACCCUGACAAGAUGCAGGCCUCCAUCAGGAGGUUGGCACGUUUGUUGAAGCCUGGAGGCAUGAUCCUACUCAGAGAUUAUGGACGCUAUGAUAUGGCACAACUCCGCUUCAAAAAAGGGAGAUGUCUGUCAGAGAACUUUUACGUUCGAGGGGAUGGAACCCGAGUUUAUUUCUUUACUCAGGACGAGCUUCAUGAGCUGUUUACAAGGGCGGAGCUGGAGAAAGUGCAGAACCUGGUGGACAGACGGUUACAGGUGAACAGAGGGAAGCAGCUCACCAUGUACAGGGUAUGGAUCCAGUGCAAGUAUAAGAAGGCCUCCUGAAAAGAAGAUUUACGGUGGAUUUUGAUUUAAAGAAGAGACAAUAAAAGGAAUCUUUUCUUUCAUUCACCUUAAGGAUGGACUUCUCUUUUGUUAUUGUCCAGCUGGUGCUACGAGACUGAUGUACUUUUGAUGUAUGAAGUGAUUGAAAAGAGGGCCGCUACCGUGUAUAAAGAUGUUUCGACUUGUGUCACUGUUUUAAUAUGUGGAUGUUUUCAAAUAAAAGCAUGAUACAUAAAAGCUAAAA